UGUGGUCUAAAACGUAUGAACUCAAAGAAACCAUAUACUCAUCCAUUCUUCUGGAAACUCUACGAAUUUUGGUGAACAUUAUCAAGUACAAAUGUUGCAUGAGUUAUGCAUAUUCGUACAUGAAAUCUUCAUUCUGAAAGUAAAAAGUGUGAACUAAUCAAUGGUGGUUCUGAGUUUUCAGGUUCUCCCUAACCUAACAACUCCACCACAAUACAGUCAAAGAACCUAUCGUUCCACCAUUCGGUGUGGAAUAGCUGAACCAUCGGGUAAACCUGCUCCUCUGGGACGAAAGACGCGUUACAAUGAUAGUUUUUUCGAGAAGGCUUUUAUCACUCUGUUUGCUAGAAAAAUGGAACCAUUUGCAGAUCCUGUAAUAGGGAAAGCUAAAGAGAAUAAGAAGAAGGGUUUGUUGGAUUUUGGGGGGUAUGAUUAUGAGAGUUUUGUUGAUGUUUCUAAGAGAGUAAUGUUGCGGAGGUCGCGUUUGCAGCAACAGGAAGUUGUUCGUGAGGUUCUUCUCUCUAUGCUUCCCCCAGGUGCGCCGGAUCAGUUCAGGAAAUUGUUUCCACCAACAAGAUGGGCUGCAGAGUUUAAUGCUGCAUUGACAGUGCCUUUCUUUCACUGGCUAGUUGGUCCUUCUGAGGUUAUAGAAGUGGAGAUAAAUGGGGUGAAGCAAAAGAGUGGCGUCCGAAUAAAGAAAUGCAGGUACCUGGAGAACACUGGUUGUGUUGGAAUGUGUGUCAAUAUGUGCAAGAUUCCUACACAAGAUUUUUUCACUAAUGAAUUUGGACUUCCAUUAACAAUGAUUCCAAAUUUUGAAGACAUGAGUUGUGAUAUGGUGUAUGGCCAAACCCCACCUUCAUUUGAAGAUGACCCUGUCUCCAAGCAACCUUGUUAUGCUGAAAUUUGUUCUGUAGCAAAUCCAAACUCUAGUGUAUGUCCAAAGUUACUAGCAUGAGAAGACACUUCUUUUGGAUACUUUUCAAAUGACAUAAUUAGUGUACACUAUAUAAGCUUCUGGUGAUUUCAACAUGAGGUUUUCUUGUUACUUGAAUACUGUUGUCAAAGGGAAAAAACAGGACCAACAUUACAAACAUAUGGGAAAUAUACAUUUAAAAAUAUGGCAUGCAUACUUGGAUUUCA